AUGAGAUUUAGUGUAUUUUUACUAAUUGUGAUUCUUGCAAUCGCUUCUUUUGCAUAAGCCUAAGAACAUAAUGCUAACAAUCAUUCUUCAAAGUAAAAAAUGAUUCCUGUAAAACUUUAUGGAAAACAUGGUCACAAAGUAUAGUGCUCUCCCACUGAUAAAAAUUGUAAAUGCUGGGAUUGUUCAUCUGGAUAUCUCCUCCAUUGCAAAUAUACAUGCUGA